AUGUCAGACGUUGGAUCCAAGUUUAGCAGUGCGUUCUCAAAGUUUUCCAGCAAAGCAUCUCGUAUCGCGACUGGCGUGAGCAAUGAAAUUCAGAGUGAGCUCGUCCUCGGAGAUCGCCCAAGCAUCGUGAACAAGAAUCAUCGUCACGAUGAAGCACACGAGAUUGAGGCGGAUAACAUCAGAACGGCCAUCAACGAGAGUCAUCGCUUCAAAUCAUUCUCCAAUAUGCGAUCAGACAACUUUGUAAAGUGGCAUGUCGACGGUGCCGACUAUUUCUGGGCUGUGUCCGAGAUGCUCGAAGCCGCUACCGAAUGUAUCAUGAUUCAGGACUGGUGGCUGACACCAGAACUCUACCUUCGUCGUCCCCCCGCGAAGUAUCCCGAGUACCGAAUCGAUAGGAUUCUCAAACGCAGGGCAGAAGCGGGUGUCAAGGUCUACGUGAUCGUUUACAAGGAAGUCACUCAAGGCCUAGCCCUCUCGUCGAGGCAUACAAAGCAUCAUUUGCACGAUACGCAUCCAAAUAUCGCUGUCAUUCGCCAUCCUGAUCAUAUUGGAACUGGAUAUGGAGUCAUCACGAAAAGGCGCGUUGUCAUUGUUGAUAACCAUUUCGCCGCUGUUGGAGGACUUGAUCUAUGCUUUGGUCGCUGGGACAGUCACGCACAUCCCCUUGCCGAUGUACACCCUACCGACUUCUCCCGAACACUCUUUCCUGGCCAGGAAUAUAACAACUCGCGAGUGAAAGAUUUCUUGAAGGUUGAUCAUUUCGUCAACAAUGCCGUUUCAAUCAUCCAAACGCCUCGAAUGGCAUGGCAUGAUGUUCAUAUGACGCUCUCUGGACCAAGUGUUCUUGAUAUUGUUCAACACUUUACUGAACGCUGGAAUGAGCUGAAGCUUCGCAAGCAUAAGGAUGAUUCACGCUUUGACUGGCUUGCAUAUCCACACGACAAAUUGGUAGCUCCCAACGAGCCCGUCCACCGCCUCCGCCACCGCGAUGAGUGGCUUGAAAAGGGGCGUAAAUUCCGUCAACGCUUCCACAAGGGUCCUGAAUGGAAGCCAGUGGCCGACGAUCAUCAUCACAUGGAGCCUAUGGGAACCUGCAAGGUCCAGGUCGUUCGCUCUUGCUCCGACUGGAGUCAUGGCGUCCUCAAAGAGUCAUCUAUUCAGAACGCUUAUCUUGAGCUUAUUCGCGAGGCUGAACACUACAUUUACAUUGAGAACCAAUUCUUCAUUUCUAAUACGGGGGAUUAUGGACCAGUUCAAAAUCGAAUUGCUCAAGCUCUUGUCGAGCGAAUAAUUCGCGCUGCCAAGGAGGGCAAGCGAUUCAAAGUCGUGGUCCUCAUCCCAGAAGUACCAGGUUUCGCAGGUGACAUCGCUUCCAGCAAUGACCUGAAGACAAUUUUGGCGGCGACUUGGAGGACGAUCAAUCGUGGAGGACACUCGAUCUAUGAAGAAGUGAGAGCCGCGGGCUACGAGCCGAAGGAUUACAUUCGUGUAUAUCACCUACGAUCCUAUGAUCGCAUCAACGCCCCCUGGCCAUCCUUCAUCUCGGAAAUGGAGAAACAGAGCGGCGUCACGCUUCAUGAAGCUCAAAUCGCUCUUGCCAAACAAUGGGUCGGCGAACCCACUAUCUGGAGUCAACCAAAGAUUGGUAUUCAGAAACCUCUUCCAACCCAGGAGGGUAUCGUUCUUGAGAAUACCAAAGUAGAAGUAGAGGAAGUAGAGUUCCCAAAGACAGUCGAAGAGGCGGUCGAAACAAUACGCAAGUUUGAAAGCGCAGCAAAGACACUUCGUCCCGAUCACGAAGUCUCAGACAGUAUUGCGCAUCAUGCAAUGAUUGACGACACAAGCUUGUUGGAUGAAAAGUGGCUCGGUACAGAGCAAGAGGAACUUGAUGCAUAUGUCUCCGAGAUCCUCUAUAUCCACUCAAAGUUGAUGAUUGUUGACGAUCGUCGUGUUAUCUGCGGUAGUGCCAAUAUCAACGAUCGUUCUCAAAAGGGCAAUGGAGAUAGCGAGAUUGCUCUCGUCGUAGAAGACACGGAUAUGAUUGACAGUUUUAUGAACGGCGAGCCUUACCAGGUCGCUCGUUUCGCCACCACGCUUCGUCGUAGGCUUUAUAGAGAACAUCUUGGUCUAUUGAGGUGUGAACCAGUCGAUGAAGUCACGGACUUCAAACGGCCUCCUCCCAUCCCGAAUCCAAAUGAGAUCGGAACCGAAGAGGAUAAAUUGGUUGCAGAUCCGAUGUCCGAAGCGACGGAGCACCUCUUGAACAGCACAGCGCAGAGGAAUCGAGCAAUCUUCGCGGAGCUCUUCAAGACUGUUCCCUCCGAUACUGUCAGAAACUUUGAUCAGUACAAGAAAUAUGUUCCCAAGUCGAUGGUCUGCCACCUCGCUCCCGGACAGUCGCUCGAGCGAGUGAAACAGAGGCUUUCUGAAGCCGGCUCUCUGGCGCAAAAGCGGUUGGCCAGGGGCUUGAAACUAAACUUGACCGAGGCUACAGCCCUGAUUGCAUCUGUACUACAAGAGAGAAUUCGAGAUGGAGAACACACUGUUGCAGAGCUUAUGCAACACGGCAAGAACUUGCUUGGACGUCGCCAUGUCCUCCCGGGCGUAAUGCACCAACUUCACGAGAUCCAGGUUGAAGGCACGUUUCCGGAUGGCGUGUUCCUCGUCACUGUUCACGAUCCAAUCUGCUCGGAUGACGGUAAUAUCCACAAUGCGCUCUAUGGAUCGUUCCUCCCUCCGCCUCCCAAAGGAACUUUCGCACUCCCUGAGCCCGAGCCUCUCACAGAGGUCCCAGGAGCAAUCGUCGUCAAAACAGAUUCACCAAUCCUGUUAAACGAAGGGCGUGGCCGUGUUCAGCUUAAGGUCACGAACAACGGGGACAGACCUAUUCAAGUCGGGUCGCAUUAUCACUUUAUCGAAACCAACAAGGCACUCACAUUCGACCGCGGCUUAGCCUACGGAAAGCGGUUAGAUAUUGCCGCUGGGACGGCGGUUCGCUUCGAACCGGGAGAUCCCAAACUUGUAACACUUUGUGACAUAGGCGGUCAGCGUAUCAUCUCUGGAGGCAAUCGAAUCGCCAGCGGUCCUGUGGACUUGGGAAGGACUGAGGAGAUCGUCAGUUCACUCGUCCAAAAGGCGUUUGGUCACGUUCCAGAACCUGGAGCUUUGACCAUCAACUCGGAGACAACCAUCAGUCGCGAAGCGUAUGUCUCUAUGUUUGGGCCAACUGUUGGUGAUCUCGUCCGCCUUGGAGAUACACCAUUGUGGAUCGAGGUUGAGCGAGACGAGACUGUAUACGGAGAUGAAUGCAAGUUUGGUGGAGGCAAGGUGAUCCGAGAGGGCAUGGGACAGACUACUAAUCGGCCAGCAUCUGACUGUAUCGACCUUCUCAUCACGAAUGCUUUGAUCGUCGACUGGUCUGGGAUCUACAAGGCUGACAUUGGUGUCAAGAACGGCCUCAUCUGCGGCAUUGGCAAGGCGGGGAAUCCAGAGGUGAUGGCUGGUGUGCAUGAGAACCUCAUUGUGGGCUCUUCGACGGAAGUGCUCGCGGGGGAAAAACUCAUAGUCACUGCCGGAGCAAUCGAUGCACAUAUUCACUAUAUUUGUCCUCAGCAAUGCGAAGAGGCUAUCGCUUCUGGUGCCACCACCUUUAUUGGAGGUGGAACCGGUCCCUGUGCUGGGACGGCUGCAACGACUUGCACGCCGUCACCAUUCUACAUGCAACACAUGAUGGCAGCAACAGAUACGAUACCUUUGAACUUCCUUUUCACGGGUAAAGGAAACGACGCGGGUCCAAACGCUCUCGAGGAUAUAGUCAAGGCUGGUGCUGGUGGUCUCAAGCUACACGAGGACUGGGGAUCCACUCCCGCAGUCAUCACCAACGCUCUCGACAUUGGGGACAAGUAUGAUGUGCAAAUCAACAUUCAUACGGACACUCUCAACGAAAGUGGAUUUGUAGAUAGUACCAUCGAGGCCUUUGGAGGUCGAACUAUCCAUACCUAUCACACAGAGGGUGCCGGUGGUGGACAUGCUCCUGAUAUUAUUGUCGUUUGCGAGCACGAAAACGUCCUACCCUCUUCAACCAAUCCAACACGACCUUUCGCUCACAACACUCUCGACGAACACCUAGACAUGCUCAUGGUGUGCCACCAUCUGGACAAGUCCAUCCCCGAGGAUCUUGCUUUUGCAGAGUCACGCAUUCGGGGAGAGACCGUCGCCGCAGAAGAUGUAUUGCACGACAUGGGUGCCAUAUCCAUCAUUAGCUCCGACUCCCAGGCGAUGGGCCGUGUUGGGGAGGUCGUGAGCCGAACAUGGCGAACUGCCGCGAAGAUGAAGGCGCUUCGUGGUCCGUUGAAAGAGCUCGGUGACGGUGAGGGAAACAAGAAUGAUAAUGGCCGCGUCAAGCGAUAUAUCGCCAAGUAUACCAUUAACCCGGCAUUGGCGCACGGAAUUUCCCACCUAGUUGGGCAUGUCUCAGUCGGGACAAUGGCAGAUCUUGUGCUGUGGAAGCCUGAAAACUUUGGGAGCAAGCCAGAGAUGAUUCUUAAAUCCGGAGUGAUUACCUGGGCACAGAUGGGGGACGCAAAUGCCUCGAUUCCGACCGUCCAACCGUUUUACUCUCGACCAAUGUGGGGUUCCAAGGCUGCAUCUGCUGCUCUGAACUCGGUUACUUUUGUGUCGGAGAUUUCCCUCUCGUCGGCACGAUUGCAAGCUAUAAACUCUCGAGGCGACCAAAUAUGCGCCCUCCAGGCGAGACCUACGAACAUCCGUAACAUGUCUGUGAUCGCUCAUGUCGAUCACGGCAAGUCGACGCUCACAGAUGCACUGGUCACAAAAGCUGGUAUUAUUGCUCAGGCAAAUGCUGGUAACAUGCGAUACACGGAUACCCGCGACGACGAAAAGGAGCGAGGUAUCACCAUCAAAUCAACCGCCAUCUCGAUGUACUUUGAAAUCGACAAGGAGGAGCUUUCCGCCAUCAAGCAAAAGACUGAGGGUCCAGAAUUCUUGAUCAAUCUUAUCGACUCGCCCGGUCACGUCGAUUUCUCGUCCGAGGUCACGGCCGCCCUCCGUGUCACCGACGGUGCCCUCGUCGUCGUCGACUGUGUAGAAGGUGUCUGCGUACAGACAGAAACCGUCCUUCGUCAGUCGCUCACCGAGCGUAUCAAGCCUGUCGUUAUCAUCAACAAGGUCGACCGUGCCCUCCUCGAGCUCCAAGUCUCCAAGGAGGACCUCUUCCAAUCGUUCUCGCGUACCAUCGAAUCCGUCAACGUGCUCGUCUCCACUUAUCACGAUGCUGCUCUCGGUGACGUCCAGGUCUAUCCCGACAAGGGUACCGUCGCCUUCGGUUCAGGUCUCCACGGCUGGGCCUUUACCCUCCGCCAAUUCGCCACCCGCUACAGCAAAAAGUUUGGUGUCGACAAGGAGAAGAUGAUGACCAAGCUCUGGGGAGACAACUUCUUCAACCCCGCCACGAAGAAGUGGUCGACAAAGGCAAACGACGCUGAUGGCAAGCCGCUCGAGCGUGCCUUCAACAUGUUCGUCCUCGACCCCAUCUUCAAGAUUUUCGAUGCUGUCAUGAACUUUAAGAAGGAAGCUAUCGCCCCUAUGCUCCAAAAGCUCGAGAUUAACCUCCUCUCUGAAGAGCGUGAUCUCGAAGGCAAGGCAUUGCUCAAGGUCAUCAUGCGCAAGUUCCUCCCCGCUGGAGAGGCUCUUCUGGAGAUGAUUGUCAUCAACCUUCCCUCGCCCGCCACCGCCCAAAAGUACCGUGUGGAGACUCUCUACGAGGGUCCUAUGGACGAUGAGUCCGCCAUUGGUAUCCGUGACUGUGAUCCCAAGGGUCCUCUUGUCCUCUACGUCUCGAAGAUGGUGCCGACCUCUGAUAAGGGCCGAUUCUAUGCCUUCGGUCGUGUCUUCUCUGGUACUGUCCGCUCUGGACCAAAGAUCCGUAUUCAGGGUCCCAACUAUGUCCCAGGCAAGAAGGACGAUCUCUUUGUCAAGAGCAUUCAGCGAACAGUCUUGAUGAUGGGUCGCUAUGUCGAGCCUAUCGAGGAGUGCCCUGCUGGUAACAUUGUCGGUCUCGUCGGUAUCGAUCAGUUCUUGCUCAAGUCGGGUACCCUCACCACCUCGGAAACUGCCCACAACAUGAAGGUCAUGAAGUUCUCCGUCUCGCCCGUCGUCCAAGUCGCUGUCGAGGUCAAGAAUGCUGCCGAUUUGCCCAAGCUUGUCGAAGGUCUCAAGCGUCUGUCCAAGUCGGAUCCUUGCGUCCAAACCUGGAUUGCCGAGACUGGUGAGCACAUUGUUGCUGGUGCUGGUGAGUUGCACUUGGAGAUUUGCCUAAAGGAUCUCGAGGAAGAUCACGCUGGUGUACCUCUCAAGAAAUCGGAUCCUGUCGUCGGUUAUUGCGAGACUGUCCGUGCCGAAUCGUCGAUUGUCGCCCUCUCGAAGUCGCAGAACAAGCACAACCGUCUCUACGUCAAGGCUAUGCCUAUGGAGGAGGAGGUUUCUCUCGCCAUUGAGAGCGGCAAGAUCAGUGCUCGUGAAGACUUCAAGGUCCGAGCUCGUGUCCUCGCCGACGACUUUGGAUGGGAUGUCACCGAUGCCAGGAAGAUCUGGACAUUCGGUCCCGACGGCACCGGUCCCAAUCUUUUCGUCGAUGUCACCAAGGGUGUGCAAUACCUUAACGAAAUCAAGGAUUCGUGUGUUGCCGCCUUCCAAUGGGCCACCAAGGAGGGUAUGCGUGGUAUCCGCUUCAAUCUUCUUGAUGUCACGCUCCAUGCCGAUGCUAUCCAUCGUGGUGGUGGACAGUUGAUUCCUACCUGCCGCCGUGUCUGCUACGCUGCGUGCCUUCUUGCUACACCGGCGCUCCAGGAACCCGUCUACCUUGUCGAGAUCCAGUGUCCUGAAAACGCCAUUGGUGGUAUCUACUCGUGCCUCAACAAGCGUCGUGGUCAGGUCUUCUCGGAGGAGCAACGACCAGGAACACCAAUGUUCACAGUGAAGGCCUAUCUCCCAGUCAUGGAGUCGUUCGGCUUCACUGCGGAUCUUCGUCAAGCCACUGGUGGACAGGCCUUCCCGCAAUCCGUCUUCGACCACUGGGAGCUUAUGCCUGGCUCGUGCCUCGACAAAGGCUCCAAGGUUGAGGAAGUCGUCAAGAGCAUUCGUCUCCGCAAGGGUCUCAAGCCUGAGAUACCACCCUCGAUAACUACUACGACAAGUUGUAAAGGAUUCAGUCCCACAUGGAUGAGCGGUCGAUGGCCCAGUCGUCCGCAGUCAACGUUAGAAGCCGGAUCUUGUGUGGCAGAAACUGAGGACUGCGUGCUGUUGCGCGUCCCGGAUGAGGUACUCCUCGUCAUCUCGACCUAUCUCGAUGUGCUCUCGCUGCAAAACAUGGCACAUACAUGCAAACGGCUUCUCCCGAUAUUUCACGACGAGCUCAUUUGGGAUCAGCGUUUGAAAGAUCUCGUCGCACGACGUCCCGUGCCAUUGCGCGAUCGGAAUUAUGGAUACAACGCUGUCGCGCCAGACUUGGCGCCAGAGGAUGUGAGGAGGGCAGUAUUCCGAGCCACGCGACUUGAUUGGGUGUUUGCUCAGGAGGUCAUGAGACCGAUACGUGUUGUACGCUCCGUUGUAGACCCUGUGGAGACUGGAGAUGCAUCCGACAAUAUGCCCAGUGAAUCGGAGGAUGAUCUCCAAUGGAUAUGGAACAUGGAUCUCGACGACGUUUUGGUGCACUAUUCCCAGAAUAACUGGUUUUCGUGCAAAAUCAAAAAGACAGGAGAAGUCAUUGCUUUCAAGACAACACAUCGCCUGAGCUGCUGGGACUUUAGCCAGGACAUAGAAGGCCUCACCGUGGUCUUCAACUUUAACGACCAAGACACGUACGUCGCUUUACCUGCUUAUUUUCUCAACAACCAAACACCCCCCGCCAGCGACAGGAAGAUGCAGAUUUAUAGGAUCACGUUCGCCGACUCUUCUUGGAAGCUCAUUUGGGAUCAAUGGGACGCAACCCGUCAGGGUUGGGUUCGCAGUAACUUUCUCGAGGACGACAUUGCUGGAUGUGUGAUGACUGGAGGCAUGCAUACGUUCCUAUCAUUGCACGUAGUCAACUGGAGAACACGCAAGUACGCGGUUAUAAAUACUGGGAUCCUUUCACCAGUCAACUUCUCGGCCUCCUCCACUAAGCAACAUCUCUUGCUGUGUACGGAAAGGAUGGGAGCCACCGAGUCAUGGACAUACGAAUUCUCAUUCCUCAAGACACUUGUAGAGCGAGCCGAAUCUGAAAAUAUGCCGUACGAGGCAUUGGUAUUGCCUCAGUUUCAUCACCAGACACACUACACAACUCAGGAUGGGAUCACAGAACGCUGGGAUGGGCGCAUCGUACCAACCACAAGAGGUACCUGGCAGGCCGACAAGUGCAUCUUCAAUAUUUUCCACAGUGAAGGUAUUGCACGGGAGUGUAUAACUUGGACGCCUAUAUGUGAUGGUACCGAUAUUCCACUCGAAAGCAUGAUGGCCUCGAGCUCAAUCGAGGAGCGGGAGCCUGGAGACAACCUACCUUUGACAAGACACUCCAAGUCGCUCUCCCGGCGAGCAUACGUCUACCAUCUCCCAGAAGGAUGGAUAGUGUCAACAGGAAGUGGAUGGUAUGGGCUCUAUACGCUUGGACAUAGCGGAAAGCAUGCAGUGUGGGUGGAAGAGGAAGAAGAAGGGGACGGAGAGGAUACACUCGUCUGUCGGCUCGCCUCGUUCGAUCACAGUAACCACUCUGCAGAUGAACCUCCUUCCAGCAAAGUAUCAACUGUCGUGGUCGACGACGGUGAAUUCGAUUGGAGGCGGAUAUCAAAGGUUGACCUGGACGACAAUGCUGGAGUUUUGACAUGUGCAACUAGGAACGAAAUCUGGAAACUGUAUUUUUAA